AUGGCAGGAAAAAAUCAAACUGUCAUCACAGAGUUCCUUCUUCUGGGCCUUCCCAUCGAGUCGGAGCAGAAAAACCUGUUCUAUGCCCUCUUCCUGGCCAUGUAUCUUACCACCAUCCUGGGGAAUCUUCUCAUAAUUUUCGUGAUUCGCCUGGACUCCCACCUCCACAUGCCCAUGUAUUUGUUUCUCAGCAAUUUGUCUUUCUCUGACCUCUGCUUUUCCUCGGUCACAAUGCCCAAGUUGCUGCACAACAUGCAGAGCCAGGACCCAUCCAUCCCCUAUGCAGGCUGCCUCACCCAGAUGUACUUCUUCCUGUUCUUUGGAGACCUGGAGAGCUUCCUCCUGGUGGCCAUGGCCUAUGACCGCUACGUGGCCAUCUGCUUCCCCCUGCACUACACCACCAUCAUGAGCCCCAAGCUCUGUCUGUCCCUGGUGGCGCUGUCCUGGGUGCUGACCACGUUCCAUGCCAUGUUGCACACUCUGCUCAUGGCCAGGUUGUGUUUUUGUGCCGAAAACAAGAUCCCCCACUUUUUCUGUGACCUGUCUGCUCUGCUGAAGCUGUCCUGCUCGGACACUCGGGUUAAUGACUUGGUGAUAUUUACCGUCGGGGGACUCAUUGUUGUCAUUCCGUUCCUUCUCAUCAUCACGUCUUAUGUGCGAAUUGUGUCUUCCAUCCUCAAGGUCCCUUCCGCUAGAGGCAUCCACAAGGCCUUCUCCACCUGUGGCUCCCACCUGUCUGUGGUGUCACUGUUCUUUGGGACGAUUAUUGGUCUCUAUUUAUGCCCGUCAGCUGAUAAUUCUACUGUGAAGGAGACGGUCAUGGCUGUGAUGUACACGGUGGUCACACCCAUGCUGAACCCCUUCAUCUACAGCCUGAGGAACAGAGACAUGAAGGGAGCCCUGGCAAGAGUCUUUUGUAAAAAGAUAUUUUCUUGUGGCCUAUGA